AACAAAAAAAACCUCAAACAAUGCAAAGAAAACAAGUUAAAACAUAUUUAUAACGUUUUAAGAUUUCAGAAAUCAAUAUGUGGUGGAAUAACCCUGGUUUUUAAUCACAGUUUUCAUAAUUCUUGGCAUGUUCUCCCUCCACCAGUCUUAAACACUGCUUUUGAAUAACUUUGUCACUCCUGGUGCAAAAUUCAAGCAGUUCAGUUUGGUUUAAUGGCUUGUGAUAAUCCAUCUUCCUCUUUAUUAUAUUCCAGAGGUUUUUAAUUUUGUAAAAUCAAAGAAACUCCUAAUUUUAAGUAGUCUCUUAUUUUUUAGAGCUGUGUUUUAUUUUUUCAAGCAAAUCCAAAAUAAAACACUCUGAAUUUGGGGAUGAACCGGAAGUAUGGUUUAUUGUUGCACCGCCCUGCCGGUGACGCGUCCGGGAGUGGAGUGGCGGGCAGUAAGAAACUACACGACUCUGUGACUGUUUACCUUCUGGACUUAUCCACAUUAACCAGAAAUGCAGCUUUGCGCCGGGGUCCUGUGUGGUCUAAGAAGUGAAUUUGGGUGGAGAGAGUGUUAGCUAGUGUUUCAUAUCCAAUGAGGAGUUUACAGCAGGCUGGUUAGAGCCGGGGUAGCUUUAGCGACAAGCUAACUUUCUGUGUUUUGUUUUGGAGACUGGAACAACUAAGCUAGCUAGUUAACUCUAGUUAAGCGAGCUACAUAGUCAGCUAACAGUCAGUAAGGUUGUGUUAAAAAACAGACAGAUAUUAAAUGUGAAUAGCCUUUCUUACUCCUAGAAUGUGAAGUUGGAGGAGGUUGUAUAUAUAUUUUAUUUAAAGGGAAGUAGAUAGCUUAGCCUAGCUAUGUGUAAACGUCCUGUCAUGUAUUUGAAACCUCCGCGGGAUCCAAGAUGAAUCGAGGCAGAAAGCGCAGACUGCAGCAAACUGCCAGAGCUGCAGGAUCUCGCUCCAAGUGCAGCAAGAAUGAAGAGAGCGAAUGUAAACCAGCAGCAGCAUCAUCAUCUUCCUCCCAGUCCCUCUGUCCUGAUGAAGGACUCGCCUCCUCUCAGUCUCCAGAGGAAGCAGCGAUACAUCAUGAAAACACAGCGGCAGCAAGACAUGGAGAAAAAAGCACAACAUGCAACCAGGAACUCUGUCCAGGUUUUCUAAACGAAGGUAUAAUGCAGAGUGCAAAGCUUGUCCUGUCAUCAGAAGAUGAAACUGAGAAGACCCUGGUCAUCACAGUUGAUCAUGGACAAAGCAGCACACGGUCAAGUGGACGAAGAAAAGGAUGUCUAAAGAGGAAACGAGAGAUGAGUGGGACUGCUGAAGCAGGGGGCCAGCAAGAGGAAGAUGAGGAGGAUGAAAUACAGCCAGAGGUUGAGAUUGAUCAAGAGCUUGACAGGGAGUUGGAGAACAAAUCACGGCAGCAUAACCUAACUUCAGCCAACGUGCGCAAUAUUAUACAUGAGGUGAUUACCAAUGAGCACGUUGUGGCCAUGAUGAAGGCUGCCAUCAAUGACACUGAACCUGUUCCCCUGUUUGAGCCCAAGAUGACACGUUCUAAACUAAAGGAAGUUGUGGAGAAAGGAGUGGUAAUUCCAACCUGGAACAUUUCACCUAUUAAGAAGCCCAGCAAAAUGAAGGGUCCUCAGUUUGUGGACAUCCCUUUAGAGGAGGAAGACUCGUCUGAUGAAGAGUACCAUCCUGAUGAAGAAGAAGAUGAUGAGACAGCAGAAGAUACACUACUGGAAAGCGAUUUGGAGAGUACUGCUUCAUCACCUCGAGGCACUCGUAAAAGCCUCAGCAGAUCCCUCAGUGAAUAUGAUGGAGAAAACAGCUGCAGCCCCAGACAGAGUUUGCACAGGGCAAGGCAUCUGAGGGUGGAGGUUGUGCCUAUGGGUCCUCCACCACCCCCUCAGGGCCCCGAGCCUCCAGGGCCUCCAAAAGAGUGUAGCUUUAUGGAGAAGCUUUAUGCUGUAGAUGAAGAGCUGGCCAUUGGAUCUGACUGUAUAGACACAUACCAGUCUCUUAGCAGCAAUGGAGAAGACAGUCUUAUGGCUUUUCGCACUCGUUCUAAACGUCCACUACGAGAUGUGCCUUUGGGUCGCCUAGAGGCGGAGCUCCGAGCCCCUGACAUCACGCCGGACAUGUAUGAGCCUGGCUCUGCCACAGAGGACAGAGAGUGGACACAGUGGCUGCAGGGCCUCAUGUGUUCUGAUGUGGAGAACGAAGAGGAGGCUGAUGAUGAUGAUGAUCCGGAGUAUAACUUUCUGGCUGACCUUGAUGAGCCAGAUGUGGAGGAUUACAGAAAUGACAAGGCAGUGCGCAUCCCCAAGAAGGAAGUGAAUGAUUUGAUGGAAGAGCUGUUUGAUGCAUUUCAGGAUGAGCUGGGGGGACAGGAUGAAGAAGGUCAUGAGGACGAAGAUGAAAAAGAAGAAGAUGACACUACUCAGCAGGAACCUUCCAGUAUUCUGGAAACACUUGAAUAUGAGGACCCUUUGGCAGAUAUCCGGAAACAGCGCUUUCGAACAGUGAAAGAGCAGCUGGCUGCUAUUCGCAAGCGCAAGGCUUUUUUGGAGAGUAAAGGUGUAUUUAUACCACCUCCAGCCCCUAAAUGUCCCACAAGCCCCUCUGGCCCCAUGCUCCUGACCCACUCCCAGAAACUCCACCUUCAGCAGCACAUUCAGCAGCACGUGCAGCUGCUGACUCAGGUAAACAUGCUGAGUAGAUCCGUAAAACCCCUACAGACGGAGGCCUGCACAGCUAGACAGUUUCUGUUAGAGCUGCAGUUCUUUGCCCAGCAAGGAGAGCAGGCCCGGAGUGAGGUGGAGCCUGGUUUUGUCAGUAUUUUCAGAGCCUGUAACCUACAGGCUGCUAUCUCCCUGCUUGAGGAGUUAGACAAUUCUCCUAAAACUGACCCACAGCCUCAUGGGCCGCUGUUUCCAGGGACUCAGAUUCCUGCUCAUUUGGCAUGGUUGAUGGCCACGCGUCCUGUUUUUCUCUACCCUGAGCUGCUACCGAGAGUUGACCUGUCAACUUUUCAUUACAAGGGACCAUUUACAUCAGCAGAGAACUGUUUGGUGGUUUUGGGCCAUAAGCACUUCCAGGGCACUUUACACCCACUUCAGCUGGCAUGUCAGUACCUGCUUGUGGCCAGGAAACUUGUAUGCUUGACAUCCCACAUGCGAUUUUUUUUCCAAAAAGAAAGCCCUAGCAUUUUAAAGAAUUACUUUCUAGAUGGUGUAUAUCCCUCCAUGCCCUUGGCCUGUGAGAGAGUCAGCCCUGGUGACAUGUGUCCUCCAGUGGAGAGAGAAAGACGCCUGAUGCCAUAUUGGCUUUCGGAAAACCUUCAGCUUAUUAAAGAUGAAGUGAGAAAAUUCAACCCACAGCUUCACAGUUCUCAGCCUGCCCAGCCUGAAGACACUACUCUAGCUCCUUCUACUAUUUCUGCCAUUUCAGAGCCUGCCUCUCCAUCCUGUGCUUUUAUCUCUAAUACACAGUACCCCCCCUGGCUACCAGAGACUCUUGCUGAGUCUCUAAAGCCACGUCCUCCUGGUUCCAGAAGAAAAAAGAACUCUGAUCUUUCUGCACAAGCAGUAACUGAACCUUCCAAACCUUCUCCACCUCCAAAAGAAGUAGUGGAAGCUCUUAGUCGCCUCCCUCUCAUUGCGCCGAAAAAUCCUUGUUCUUCUGUAAAUACAUUUAUUUAUCCUGCCAAUCAAGCGAAUCCCCCUUGUAAUAAAAAAUCUAAGACGAACCCCCCCUCAUCUAGGACUGUAACCAGGAAAAGAAAUGGAGAAAUCCAAACAGAACCCACAAAGCUCACAAAUCCAACAGAUUCUAACCAAGAAAAGCUUAUUAUGACUUUACCUACCGCUGCUGUGAACUCUUCUUCUGUAGAUGAAACAUGCCUUAUUGCUCCAGCAGGCUCAGGGGAAGGGUUAGUUACCUCCUUGCCUGCUGCUUCAUUAGCUACCAGCCUGAACCUACCUUCUCUAGGGGAUGUAGCUGUGAAAACCACAGAAAUCCACAGUGCAGGUUCUAGCACUGCAGAACUAACACUACCCGGACCUAACCAAGCAAAUGUUAUUAUCUUGCCUGCUACUUCAGCAGCCGCUGCCUUCAUUUGUCCUACACCCAUCAAUAAGCUAAUGACCCAAACACCUGUAUCUUUCACCCAGUUGGCUAAAGACCACAUUAGUCAACGUUGUGGUACUCUGCUCAGGCUAAGUACAGGACCAAGAAUUCCUCUGGGUAUGAAUCCUCCAAAGCCACUCUCUUUGUCUCAGAAUACUCUGCAUCAGUUUCUUAUACUGCCUCCAGGCUGUAUUGUCACAAACAGUGCUAACCUGAAUCUAAAACCUGUUACAGCUCACGACCAGACACCCCCAUUAACUCAAGACUCAAUGACCAUGGAAAGCGUUACUCAGAGUUCUUUGGGGAACAUUUCUGAGGGCAUGCAGGAUUUUAAUGCAGAUUUACAGAACUCCAAAUCAAAUAAAGCUCUGGAAGGCAGCAGUGCAUUAAAUAAAGUGAUAGAGGAAGAAGAAUUGGACGAAGUUGAGAUGCUUGGUAAUGAGGGAGAGCCUGAGGAGUAUGAAGAGGAAGAUUUUAGAAAACCCUUCCUUACCUUGUCAGAAUCCUCAGGAAGCCCAACACCUAGUUUGUCUGGGGACGAUGUUGCCAUGGUGACUGUGAUGGCUGAUGAUGAAAGGGAACAGAGGCAACCUGGCACUGAAGGUGAGAGAGGUGUAGAAGUCUUGGAGAGAAAAACAGAAGGGGAACAUUCUGGGAAAGUGACGUCACCUGCUUCUGAGACCUCCGUGUUAUCUCUGCCAGAGCUUAAGGAGACAAUAGAGAAAUUAUCAAGGCUGGCAUCAGAACCCAGCUCUGAAGAUAAAGGACUCUCAGAAGAACUCCAAUCAGAAGAAGCACUUCUCUAUGAUGAUUUCUCUGAUGAUGAUCCUCAGAAGGAUAGUAAAGAUGUUGCUUUUGCUCAGGCCUACCUGGAAAAGGCAUGCGAGGUGCUGCAAGUGGUGCCAGGAAAGGUGGAGGAGUUCCUGGGGGUGCUGUAUGAGUUUGAGAGGGACCCUGAAGGCAGGACAUCGGUGGAACUCUUUAAGAGGCUGAAGCCAGUGCUAAAAGAUUGGCCUGAACUUCUCAGUGACUUUGCAGCUUUUCUGCAUCCUGAACAAGCUAAUGAGUGUGGCCUGCUGUCAGAACAGCAAGCAUUUGAGCGGAGCAGACGGUUCCUGAGACAGCUGGAGCUCACUUUCGGAGAACACUCUGUGCAUUACAGGCGGGUUGUACGCACUUUGCAGCAAGGACCUUCUAAAAGCCUAAGUGGUUUAAAGGAGAUGAAAACCCAGUUAGCCAUGCUGUUCCGUGACCAUCCCCACUUGUUGGAGGAGUACUGGGUGUUUUUUGAACGGCUCCACUCAACUGUGCAGUGUCGGUCUGACGAUGCAGAGGAAGUCGAAGAGGAAGACCUGGAUUGUGAUGACUCUGACAGUGUUUGUAGUGUUCAGACAGUGCACAGUGUGGAGGCAGAGCAGGAGGAUCAACUCUUCAGAGCACUUAAUUCUGAAGAGAAAACAGACAAUCACACAAGUCAAACCCACAACAAAAAUAAAGCUGACAUAGUAACCCAGGAUGCAGAGUACCAUGUUGCUGGUCCAGAGGUGGAGGAUGAAAAUAGUAAGGAGAGAGAUACGCAGUUCUGCCUUCAAAUUCCAAAAAGUCCUGUCUGUGCCAAAAACUCUUCACGUAUGCCAAGCGGGGAAAAGGUUGUGCUUUGGACAAGGGAGGCAGAUCGCGUGAUACUUACCACCUGUCAGCAGAGAGGAGCCAGUCAAAGUACCUUCAGUUCUAUUGCUGCUCAGCUUGGAAAUAAAACAGCCACUGAGGUUGGUGCGCGCUAUUUGGACCUCAUUAAUUUGUUCCACAGAUCCACAAAGCAGAUUCAGACCUGCCUGUUAGACAUGGAGGUCCAGUCCCGCCCUAGAGAAGAGGAACCAGAUUGAGAAAAAUCCAAAAUAAAGCCAAGUUCAUGUGUGAUAAAGUUCUCUCAAAACAAAUGAACUAACAAACCAGAAGUUGCCAGUAAUGGAGAACAUCAGCAACUGUUUGAACCCCCCCCACAGUGGUUGCUUUGAGAACAUGACUAGGUUCGGUUGGAAAAUGGAAAGAGGGCAAAACCUCAUAUUAAAUGCAUUUGGAUGGUUUAUGAGUCUGGAGAAUGAACAGUAAGGCCACCUGAAGGAUUUAAGACAUCACAAAGCAGCCUAAUAUUUUUAUUGCUAGUGUUUGUUGAGAUAAUCUGCUGCAGGCUUAAAUUAUGUAGCAAGGAGUCAGCUGGUCUGAUGAAAAAGAAAACACUGAGAGCAAUGCAGGCUGGAGCUUAAAAGAAACUCCCCGAACACUCUUGAGCAUUUUACCAGAAGUUACUGAGCAAAAAAACAACUUUAAGUGGUGAAUGUUUGUAUUUCACGACUGCAUGUAUGACCUUCAGAUAACUAAUUUGUGAAUUCUGUUACUGGUUCACUUAGUGUUUUACAUCUUUGGCCAUUGAUCAUAAAUCCAUGAAUGUGUUAAAAACAAAAAGACAGAAUAUAAAUGUCAUAAUAUAAGAGGAAGUGGUGCCUUAUUCAAUUUCAUAUUGAUUGCAGCAUCAUAAAAAGAGAAGAUCUCUCACAGAAACACUGAAAACCUCUAUAAUAUAUUGUACAGAAACACUAAAGGUUGCUGCAAAAUACGUUUGCAUUUUAUCUGUGUUUAUUUGGUACUCUUGUAAGUGACGAUUUGUAAGAACAUCUGACAAAUAAAAUGUUUUUAAAAAAAAUA